GUGGUCGUUCUCGGUAGUGGAUGGGCCGCCCACGCUUUACUCAAAGUUGCCGAUACGUACAAGAUUCGACUCAUUUGCGUGUCGCCCACCAAUCAUUUCGUCUUCACACCGAUGCUCGCUUCCGCCGCGGUCGGUACGGUGGAAUACCGCAGUAUGACCGAAGCCGUCCGCUCCGCCAAUCCCAUGAUUGAAAGCUACGUGGAAGGAAAAGCCGUCGAUAUUGACGUCCAAAACAAACGCCUAACCAUCCAACUUGAAGAUUUGCUGGACAGUGUCCGCGUCGGGAAGGCCAGUACCAUUCACCUAGACUACGACAAGCUCAUUGUCGCCGUUGGCUGUCGAGUCAAUGAUCAGAUGGUCCCGGGCGCAGCGGAGUACUGCCUGCGACUCAAAACGUGCGAGGACGCGCGCCGCCUGCGGGUGGCCAUUGGCGAGUCUUUAGAAUACGCCAGUCGACCGGAUGUGGCGGACGCCCCCAAUCUGGCCGCUCCCGACAAGGAAGCACGGCAACAAGAACGCCGCCGUCGGGCUACCUUUUGCAUCGUUGGUGGUGGACCAACGGGCGUCGAGUUGGCUGGGGAAUUGGCAGACUUUGUCAAGGACUGUACCAAACCCCGUAAGGGUUCUUACCAACGUCUCAAGGACGAUAUUCGGAUCAUACUGAUUCAGGGUGCCGAUUCGCUGGUUCCGCAGUUUGACCGCGACUUGCGCGAUCACGCACUCAAGACAUUGCAGAAGCAAAACAUCGAAGUCCGUCUCAAUACCCGGGUCAACGAGGUCGGAGACGGCUACAUCAAAUUGGCAGAAAAGGGUGGAGGCGUGGAAGAAACGAUCAACAACGGUGUGACGGUCUGGGCGGCCGGGACAUCGCCGGUCCCUUUUAUCGAUACGCUUUUGUCCAAAUUGCCGGAGGAAGCGCGCGCGGUUGGCGGUCGGGUCAAGGUGGACAAGUGGUUGCGCUGUCCAACACCGACUGCGGAUACGUUUGGUUCCAUUCUCGUGUUGGGUGACGCCGCCGCUGCGGAACGGGACGAUUCGUUCCUACCACAGACGGCUCAAGUGGCCGGUCAACAGGGAGCGUACGUUGCACGCCUAUUUAAUCGCGACUACGACUUGACGCAAACUCCGCCCGUCUACUACGAUGACAAGGAAGCCAUAGACAAGGCCUGGUUGAACGUGCGCGGUUUAAAGGAAGCGCCGGGUUUCGAUUUCUUGAAUCUCGGUUUGCUGGCCUACGUGGGUGACAAGCAAGCGUUGUCGCAGGUGCAACUCGGGGAUUUUCCCAUUGCCAGCUACGCCGGUAGUAUCUCGUUCGUGCUGUGGCGAUCCGUAUACCUGGUCAAGCAGGUGGCGACUCGUAAUCGUGUCUUGGUGAGUUUUGACUGGUUGAAAUCGAACCUGUUUGGACGUGACAUUACGCGUCUGUAA